AUGCCUACACGACCGAAGGUGAUUCGCGGAGCUCAACGGGCGGCCGCGCUUGCCGAGACUCAGCUCGCUCGAGCGAAGAGGGAGUAUUUCCAGGGCUGUGCCAAGAUACCACUUCGAGAUCUCGACUUCACUCAUUCCUCUGCGCGAGACCUCAACGAAGCCAACAUUAAGCGCCUCCUGACAAGCUUUGAACUGACGGGGUGUCAGCGCAUCGAUGCCCAACACCACGUUCCUGCGGUGCUAGAUCUGAGACUUCUACGUGCCGCACUCAGGGAGGCGGGGGCAUCUGCUGAUGACCUUCAGAGUGAUGACCCAACUCGAUGGCCAGUGUUGACCUUGGCGGCUGGUGUGCAUAUCGAAUGCCUCCACGGUCAGCAUCGUAUCGUGGCUGCACGAAAAUAUCUGUCGAAUUCAGACCAGUGGUGGGUCGUAGACCUAUAUUCGUCAGCCCUAACACCCGAGCUGCGUGCGCAUCUGAUUGAACAAACAGCCAACGAGAUGCCACUGACUGCUGGGGAAAUCUACUUUCACAUCCUCCGCUGCGACCCUGAUGAUGUCGAAGAGAUCAACCGGUGGCUAGCACUCAUUCAAACCGAAAAUGGUCGGAAGGAAGUGCAACUACUGCUCGCACGGAAGAAGCUGAAUGAGUCGUUUCGUCCGCUGGCAGGCAUGCCAGCACUGGGUGCAUCCAUGCAGGUGGGCAACAUUCGUGCACUGAUGGGAAUCAAAUGCGACGAAGAGAUACUCCACUCCCUAUCCCAUAUCUACCGCACGUGGAUGUUUCUUCUCGACGACAACCAAGCCGCUCUGGCCAUGGUAGAUCAUCGUACGGUCGAACGCUUACAGUCACGCUGUCCUGCCAAUUGUCGCCAGGACCGGGAUUGGCUGCAGCCGAUGUUCGAGGAUGGAUCCGUCUUCCGAGCGUUCGAUCCAGCUUCUCGUCGGGAGAUCUGGCAGCGGCUGUUAACGCUUCGAAGACUGGUGCCAUCGUUGGAGACGUUCUUCCACGACCUGAAGUACUUGAAGGACAUCGCUUCCUGCGUGACGAUGCUGAUCCAGCCCACACAGCGACAGACCAUACGAGAAGCAUGUAGACAAUCUUUUCUGACAUCAGAACACACUUCGCAGACCCCAGGUCCCGUGGAUUUCGAUCACGCGUACCGAGAGUUCUGGCUGCUUGCCAUGCACUAUCUCGAUGACCUGCGUCCAGGCUCUCUUCUGCGCGAAGGCUGCGACCGCAUCGAACGUCGACGCAAAAACUUUUAUAUCGAACAUGAUUUCGCUCGGGAGGUGCGUCAUUUAGGUUUUUGGUCGGCCAAGAUCGCCGAGAAAUUGGAGGAGGCUCCUGAUCGUAGAGAGGCACGGGAGACGUUGCUGCGCGCUCGACCGUCCAGCCAUUUCACGUACCUGCCCGAACAAUUUGAAAACUUGGUCGACCGCAUCAUACACAUAUUCAACCAGGCUCAGCCAGCGAAUAUACCUACACAGACACCACAGCUGAUUAUCGAGGGGCCGGGUGAAUGCGACAUCGAGCGUAGACGCGGACGGCCCUACCAGCGGGCUUUCGAACAAAGUGCGCCAUAUUUGUCCAUGCACAAUAUGCACAUGGCCGACUCUUCACAUACCGGAGGUCUUUCAGCUUUCUACAUCCGGCGAGAUGUGUAUCUGUCGCUGUUUGGAUGCAGUGACGGUCAAACGGGAGAGAGAGCGCCGUCGGAUUGUGAUAUGUCCUCGGACCAUGGUGCCAUAGCGAAUUCAUCUCCCGCCGCGCCUGACCACGUGAACGAAAGCACAGCUCUAAUGUUGCGUAGCGAGAGACGGCGCUUGUACUCGCCUGCAAGUUCGGCGACAACAGGACCAGAAGAACGAGCAGAGCCCGUCGAGCCUCAGCUGCAAGUAACUUACUCCGCCAGUCAUUACUCGCAGGAACAGAGUCAUUACACGGUAAUUUCGACGAGUCCCUGA